AUGGAUGCCAAGGUGUCGGGCGAUGCGGCUGUGGCCAUCACCUCGCACAACCAGUACAAGACCGCAGGUCUGGAGCGCGACGAGCUCUCACCCAGUCCCAUCGUCCAGUUCAACACGUGGUUCAAGCAUGCUGGUGAGAAUGGCGUUCCGGAACCGGAAGCCAUGACGAUCUCCACGGUCGACACGUCGUCGGGUGUUCCUCGGCCAUCAUCGCGAGUGGUGCUGCUGAAGCAAGUGGACGCGCAAGGAUUCCUGUUCUUCUCCAACUACACGUCGCGCAAGGGUCGCGAGCUGGAAGCUAAUCCGUACGCUUCACUGGCGUUUUACUGGAAGGAACUCUCAAGGUCCGUGCGUGUAUGUGGCCGUGUGGAGAAGCUCAGCAAGGAAGAAAGCAAGCGGUACUACGACUCGCGACCACUCGGAAGCAGGAUCGGCGCAUGGGCAAGUCCACAAAGCACAUCCAUCGAAUCUAGAAAGGACCUCGAGGACAAGGUCAAAGAUGUCGAAAACAGGUUCGGCGUACCUGGUGCCGCUGGUCUCGAUCCAGAGUCAAAGUGGCAGGGCGACGAUGUGGAUGUGCCCCUGCCAGAGUUCUGGGGCGGAUACCGCAUUGUUCCGGACGAAGUCGAAUUCUGGUGCGGAAGACCAAAUCGCCUCCACGACCGCUUCCGCUACACGCGCGACAUCAAAUCCACCGUUGCGGCAAGCGACGACAAGUGGUCCAUCAAUCGCCUUGCGCCCUAA